CGCAAACCGUAAGUGACGCAGAGGGUUCAAAACACGUUAUAAACGUAACCGGCUUUUUCUGAGCUUCAUCUUCACCACACCAAGUUGCAGCCGUCCAGAAAGAACUACUGUCAUCCCCCGGGUUGCUAUAGAAACAGUUGUCUUUAAUUUGUCCAUGGUUUCACUCUCUUCAGGAUCUGUUAGUGGCUGAUGAAGGUAGUUAGCACCGCUAGCAUAGCUGGUGAACUUUCAUCAUCAUCUCUGCUCAGUGACUGAGGUUCAACUUUAACCAGCUUGCGGGAGGCACCUCGGUAGGAAAAGCUGACUCAGACUCGGGCGCUGGAGCUUAACUUCAAAAUAAAUGUACAUAAAUAUAUUGUUUUCUCAUAGCAGUGUGCUAGCCGUUAAAACCGUUCCAGUUGGAACAGCCAGGCUCACUUCCUUGUGCCGUGUUCGAGGUCAUUCUGUAGCCCCAUCUAAAGCAGCUGUUUCCGGGAUACAAAACAUGAAGAGCCUCCCGUACUUCUGCCGAGGAGAGGUCGUUCAAGGAUUUGGAAGAGGAAGCAAAGAACUCGGAAUUCCCACGGCCAACUUCCCGGAUUCGGUGGUGGACAAUCUUCCAGCAGACAUCAGCACAGGAAUCUAUUAUGGCUGGGCAUGUAUCGGGAAUGGUGACGUUCACAAAAUGGUGAUGAGCAUCGGCUGGAACCCGUAUUACAAAAACACAAAGAAGUCCAUGGAGACGCACAUCAUUCACAAAUUCAAAGAAGACUUUUAUGGACAGACUCUGAGUGUCGUUCUGGUGAGCUACAUCCGCUCAGAGAAGAGCUUUCCCUCACUCGAGGAUCUCAUAGCGGCCAUCAACAGUGACAUCGAGGAGGCCAAGGUUCAGCUGGAGCUCCCGGAGCACAGCAACUGAAAGAAGACAACUUCUUCACCAGCACGACCAACUCGUCUCCGGUCUCUUCCUCGUCCGCUGCAUCCACGUCUCAGAGCAUCAUCAAUGGUCACUGAUGGCUG